CUGGUGGCACCCACAGCUUGUCCCUGGGUGUCACCUCUUUAACCGGGUCAGAUUUAUUGUAGCAACGGCCCUUAGUGACGCACCGGGCCCAUGGAGACUGAAGGAAUGCGAGGCUACGCGGGUCAAUAAUACACACAGAGAGAAAACACACCGAGGUGUAAUAAACCAAACAUUUUUUAUUACUUUUAUGGACUUAUUUCACAUCGUUGCUCUGAGGUGAAUAUGGGAUGCUGCAGCUCCACGGACACUCCGGUGCUGCCGUUGAGACCGGAAGAGGAGAAGGAAGACGAGGAUGGGACAGGAAAUAAAGUCGAUGGUCGUGGAGACUCUGCUGUGUCAAAGGGCACCGCAGACAGCGGGGUCGUGAUGGAGAACAGAGGUGUCCCUGCGUUACCUGGAGCGGUGCCCAGAAAACUCCCUCCUCUAACAUCUGACAGCAGCACACUGCAGGAACGUCAAAAGGCCAGUGACAUCCUGGAGGAGCUGCUGAACCAGGGCAUCAUACCAGUGGGACAGACCAGGGAGAGGGGCAGCGGGGCUGGGGAGGCCUAUAGCAUUAUGCUGGAUGACAGGGAGGGGGGCAGACGAAAGCCUCCUGCCAGACUGGAGUCUCUGAAGGCCAAGAAGGAGCAAAGUCUCCCCAGCAGAGAAGAGAUUGAGGAGAAGAUAAAACUUGCUGAGGAGAGACGCAAGUUAAGGGAAGACGAGCUCAAGACGCGUUUGAGGACCAAGUCGGCCCGUGUCCGGGUCCGCGCUCCCGCCUCUUUCACAGAGGAGUCCGCAGACACAACCCUCACCCCCGUGGAGACGCUACAGUUGCCUCUGUGCCCGGACCCCUUUGAUCUACUGCCUCUCAGCCAGAUCACGAGGGAGGCGGCCGAGGGUGGAGAGCUUGUGCGAGAGGCUGGAGGUGAUGGCAGAGAAGACAAAAAAGAAGACAGGAGAGAAGACAGGAGAGAGAUGGAAGACAACAGAGGUGAAGGUGAAGAGAGGGGAAGUGAGCAUGAGGAGGAGGUGACCCAGGUGGAGGAGCUGAGGCAGGAUCAGCUCCUCCUCACAGCCUCGGGGGAGCUCGAGAAUGACUCUAGCUUUCAACAUACAGAGGACAAAGAGGAGAUAUUUUAAUUUAAUACCCUAAAUGAGCCAUGAAUCAGCACUAAGAGGGAUAAAAAGGAGAGGAGAAGGAGCCAAACAUAAUUCAUUUUGCACUGACAAAUGGUAGAAACUUGUAAACAGAAACAUGUAUAGAGUAUGUAUUGUUUUAGAUUAAAUUAAUAGAUGUAAUUAAGCAGUGAUAGAUAGGCUAAUGUGUACAUUAACUGUUUUUGCCUUCAUGGAAAAGCUUCCACUCCAGGGAACUCUGUCAGCCUCAUAAGUUUUAUAAUAAUAUUGCAUCUCAGUAAUGAGCAUAAAGGAAUAUGAGGGUGUUCUUUCCAAAGUAAUAUAAUUCACCUCAUUGAAGGCUUUAAUAAAUAUGACCAAGACUGCUUGCCAACAUACAAAAUCAAUUUUUAAUGAGAUUUUAGUUUUACAUGUAAUUGUAAAAUAUUAUUUUCAUAUGAAGGGUGUACUUCUUCUUUUGGACAUUAGAUGGCGCUGUUUCAGUGAAAGUUGUUAAAGUUGGAAGUUGUCACUUCAUCUGUAUGAUAAGUUAUCAGGAGGAGGAGGAGGAGCAGCAGCAUGUGGGCUAAAGAUGUGUAAAAUAAGCUGUUAUCGGUUAAUAAA